AGAGAGAGAGAGAGAGAGAGAGAGAAAUAGGAGUGUGCGUUCAUUAUUAUAGCUUAGCUUUGUAUGCAUGCCAGCGAUGAAGUAGAAGGAAGGAUCAAUUGCUUUCUCUCACCUCAGGUCAAAGCUGGCACCCCCUUCUAUAAUCCCCUCCCUUCUCUCUACUAUUCUAUUCUAUUAAUCCCCUCCACCUCUCCACUCCUCACUUCGUUCAAAUCCUCCCUCUCUCUCUUCUCUCUCUCAUCUCUUCCUUCUACAAGACGAUACAAACAGAGAGGUACCGUAUGAGAUGGUGAAGCUGUGAGAUAAAUACGUACUUUAAUCUUCAUUAGCAGAGCUCAAAAGAAGUGAGAUUAAUGUUUGAUUCGUGCGCGGCUACAAUGGCCGGGUCUCCGUCUUUCUCCGGAGCUGAAAAGAAGCACUGGUGGAUUACCAACAGAAAGAUUGUGGAUAAAUAUGUGAAGGACGCGAGGGCGCUGAUUGCGACUCGAGAACAGAGCGAGAUUUCUGCCGCUCUGUAUCUUCUGGACACUGCGCUUGCCUUUUCUCCUCGAUUCGAAUUGGCCUUGGAAUUGAAGGCUCGGUGCUUGCUUUAUCUCCGCAGAUUCAAGGACGUUGCGGACAUGCUGCAGGAUCACAUUCCGAGCGUCAAGAUGGCGGCCGACGAGGCGUCUUCGGUUUCUCCGUCGUCGUCAUCAGGAUCGUCGGAUAACUCGUUUUCGCAGCUUUCGAGGGAGAGGCUGAAGCUUCUCUCUACCGGCUCUGACGACACUGUUUUCCGCUGUUUCUCUCUCUCCGAUUUGAAGAAGAAGGUAGUGGCCGGGCUCUACAAGAACUGCGAGAGGGGAGGUCAAUGGAGGUAUUUAAUUUUGGGCCAGGCUUGUUGCCAUUUGGGCCUAAUGGAGGACGCCCUUGUUCUAUUACAAACAGGGAAACGCCUCGCCACCGAUGCCUUCCGGCGAGAGAGUGUAUGCCUAUCCGACGACAGCUUUUCAUCCGCCAGAUUCCCACUGUCCAGAGAUCAGCCGCAACAAGACAGUCCAAUGACCGAAUCAGAAAGCAUCUCCCAGCUGCUCAGCCACAUCAAGCUACUUCUCCGCCGCAGGACAGCGGCAAUGGCUGCCCUGAAUGCUGGCCUAUUAUCCGAAGCCAUCCGACACUUCUCCAAAAUCGUUGAUGGCCGUCGCGGGGCCCCACAAGGGUUCCUGGCCGAAUGCUACCUCUACCGUGCCUCAGCAUACCGUUCCUCUGGCCGAAUGGCGGAGGCCAUUGCGGAUUGUAACCGAACCCUUGCUUUGGAUCCAUCUUCUAUUGAUUCCCUAAGCACCAGGGCAGCUCUCUUUGAAGACAUUCGGUGCUUACCGGACAGCCUCCACGAUCUUGAGCACUUAAGGCUCUUAUACAACUCGAUGUUGCGUGACCGGAGAUUGCCCGGCCCGGCCUGGAAACGCCAGAAUGUGCAAUAUAGAGAGAUCCCGGGCAGGCUAUGCUCAUUGGCCAAUAAAAUCCAAGAAUUGAAACAACGGGUCGCCUCUGGUGAGACCGGGAAUGUAGACCACUACGCCUUAUUCGGGUUAAGAAGAGGUUGUUCAAGAUCCGAAUUGGAGAGAGCACAUUUGCUACUCACUCUAAGACAUAAGCCCGACAAGUCCAGUGGAUUCAUAGAGAGGUGCGAGUACACGGACGACCGGGAGAUUGAAUCCGUUAGAGAGAGGGCAAAAAUGUCUGCACUGUUAUUGUAUAGGUUGAUCCAAAAGGGUUAUACUAGUUUAAUGGCGGCGAUCAUUGAUGAAGAAGCAGCUGAGAAGCAAAGGAAGAAAACCGCUGCGUCUCCUGUUGUGGCAUUGCAAGCAAUACAACAGCAUCAAGAGGAGGUGGCUCAACAAAAAUCUCAUGGACCAUCAUCCACAAUGAAGCCAAUUUGUUGUCCCGACCCAUCGGUGUUUCAAGGUGUGUUCUGUAGAGACAUUGCGAUUGUUGGGAAUUUAUUAUCGCAAUCGGGGUUUAACCGUCCACUUCCCAUGAAAUAUGAGGCCUUGAGCUGUUGAUUUAUUUUGAUUUUAAUUUAUUUUUUCUCUGGUGGGAUGAAGUGCGAAGAAUCUCUGGAAGGAGUGUGAAAAGGGAGAAGGAGAGGGGGCAGAGAGAGCAUUUGAUGUGUGUUAAUUUUCAAUGUUGUGGAAUCUGAUUCUAGGAACAAAAGACUUGUCUAGUGCAGGAAAUGGGGAAAAAUUGUUCACCUUUACCAUCCAGAAAAAUUUUUGGUUACCUACUACUGCAGCUGUGCAGUAGAAUCUUUCUUUAUGUAAUUUUCUUUUCUUUGUUUUCUUUUUACUUUUUUUCUUUCCACUUUGUGUUUGUACAGAUUUAAUUCAUCAUCCGGAUUUAGCAGUUGAAGUAUUUAUAUUUCUUGCUUUUGUCAUUUCCUUUGUUUUGUUUUACAAAAUUGACAAGUUGCAUGGGGUGAUAAUUUUUUUAGGAAGCCUGUAUAAAUGGGUAUCACAGGAAAAGGGUGAAAAGUGGAUGGAAGGUAGCGUUCUUUUGGUAAAUGAUAAAUUCUGUGAUGAAAUAAAUUUCAGAGGUGGGUCACACUGCCCGGCCACAGUAUCUUUAAUGUCUGCAGUAGGGAGACUUCCACAGUUUUCACAUCCACCAAUAUGAAAGCAGAGAAAAAACGUUGUUUUAAGGACUUCUUUCCGCAACAUAUUAAUUAAAAUUGAUUUUUGAUACUAAGAUUAGAAACUGCGAUUAAAAGUAAGACACACUAAAUUCUAUCCUAAAGGCUGGAGAUUUGAUGUCGCGUUUAUCUUGGUGGAGAGUACAACCAGGCCACCGGUCGUUGACACAAUAUUAAGUUAAGAGGAGUAGGUUGGGUACAGUCCGUAGUUAGAGUAUUUGGGUUCUGAUCUCUCCUUUAGUAACAACAAUGAAGAACUUAGGUUACAGCUCCAGUCUUUAUCAAUUAGCUUGCGAUUAAAGUUCGAUUUACAUCCUAUCCUUUAGAUAAUUGUAGAUAAUUGUUCGAUCGGUGUUGACGACCUUUCGGGAUGGAGUGUCAUCCUUUUUUAUCAUGUUCUCGCCAGAAUUGUACAAAUAAAUUUAUGGAAAUCUUUUUACACGAAUUUUUUACA